AUGGCCGCGAUCGCCAGCUCCCUGAUCCGUCAGAAACGCCAGGCAAGGGAAUCAAACAGCGACCGGGUUUCCACCUCCAAACGGCGCCCCAGCCCAAGCAAAGACCCCCGGUCUCUCUGCGAACGACAUUUCCUUGGGGUCUUUAGUAAAGUCCGCUUCUGCAGCGGCAAGAAAAGACCUGUUCGACGGCGACCAGAUGCGCCCUCGAAUCCUCCACAGGUGUCCCGUAAGGGCGUCAGGCUAGAGCCACAGCUGAAAGGCAUUGUGACACGACUGUUCAGCCAGCAGGGCUUCUACCUGCAAAUGCAGCCCGAUGGGACCAUCGACGGCAGCAAGGACGAGAACAGCGACUACACCCUGUUUAACCUUAUUCCAGUCGGUCUGCGUGUAGUGGCCAUCCAGGGAGUCAAGGCUGGCUUCUACAUUGGCAUGAAUGCAGAGGGAUUUCUCUACAGCUCAGAAAUGUUCACGCCUGAGUGUAAAUUCAAAGAGUCUGUAUUUGAGAACUACUACGUUAUCUACUCGUCGAUAAUGUACCGGCAGCAGGAGUCAGGGCGUGCCUGGUUUUUGGGCCUCACCAAAGAAGGCCAAGUCAUGAAGGGAAACCGAGUGAAAAAGACCAAACCCUCCUCACACUUUUUACCCAGACCCAUUGAAGUUUGCAUGUAUAGGGAACCUUCGCUGCACGAGAUUGAAGAGAAGCAACGCUCCAGGAAAAGCUCAGGAACUCCCACAAUGAAUGGAGGCAAAGCGGUCAACCAGGACUCCACAUAG